CGCAGAACGCACUGACACAUCGAGCGCAUCGAGGAAAGAGCUUAAAGCAUCGAACGCUCCUCUCCAUAACAGCUUGUGCUGCAGCGUGUUCACUGUUCAGCGCUCCGCUUCGUGCUCGUGAAGUGCUCAUGGAAACGGCCAUGCUCAAGAGGGUGGCGUCGCCGAGGCGUCUUCUGUGGGCGUCGAUUAGCAGGGCUGUAGAGCGCGCGCGUUCGCCGCCUUUCGUUGAUUCGACCCCUUUAAGGAAGAGGCGGAAAGCCUCCCACGUUACCUUACAGAACUUCCAGGCUCCCGUGAUCACGAAAAGGGCACUAUUACGCCGCUAGCACAAUCUCCAAGAAACUUCGUGCGGCCGUAUCUGACAUCUGUGCCCAACGUCAUCGCCGAAAUGGUGACAGCGGCUCACUAUAAACUGUUGCUGGAGACCCUCAUGUUUCGCACAUGUCAAAAUGGAAUCGACCUCGGCAAUGGGAACGCCGAGACCAUCAUCGGCAGCGAUGGCCUUCUGUCGGCUUGCGUGCACGCAAGUUCCCGCUGCCUUCACGUACAACUUCAGGGGAUGGAAGUGCUGCAGCGCUACUUCGUCUCCGUGGACGUUCAGAUUUAUGAAGAAACAAGUGGUUCGUCCGACGACGUCUCGUCGUAUGUAGCACUGCAGCCAAACCUGCUGGAUGGUUUCGGUUGGGCCAAGUCCACACUGCACCUCGACUUGUCUGCGCAUCUCAAGGAAAGGUUGCGGACUUCGUCGUUUUGUCUUCGUGCGGCUCCCACACGCGCCGACAUCCGCUACCAGGCGACGGUGCGCGUGCUCCAGCUGUCGGAUGACUGCUGGCCUGUCGGCGCGAAGCCCGUGUUGAUUCGCCUCAAAGACGGCUUCGUUCACGAACUGCUUCUGGACAGCCCCCAGACGCUGAACCGCCCAGCAGUGUUUCCUUGUGGAAUGCAGGACGUCGCAUCUCUGGGCGAUCGCACACCGGUCACUCUCGCUUCGUUGAGACCCUACAGCUUCCCCUCGCCGACGACGUCGUUUCACGACAGCUGUCCGCGGCAGGAAGGGUUCUACGCACGGGGCAAGCCUGGACAGUAUUUGUUCCAACGUGAGAUCCUGGCCGAACCGGUUCCAGUGCGGUGCAAUUACCAGGAAAAAGCGCACUUUUCUCGUUUUCAUAACGUAAUUGGGAACGGCUUCACGUCUGACGUCGCCGACUGCGACGACGAUUUCGUUGUGGACAGGGGCCAGGCGACCUUCUUCCGAGACCUGGACCGUGAGGCCCUGCUGCGCCUAAUGCAUCUGGACCAGCGCCGUCCUCCGACCGCGCUGCUUCCGGGGAGCCGCUGGCCGCCGCAUCGGCCUCGUCCUUGCGACGAGGGGCAUCCGGCGGUUCGGCGUCGGUACCCGCGAGGAAGAUCUCUUUGAGGGGCGCAAUUCUUCGCCAUCGGCGGAGCCCAGAUUUUUUUAGCAUUGUUUUACGCAACUUUUAUUAAUUUGUAAGUUUCUUUACCAGCAUUUUAUUAGUGUAAUUAUUUCCUGUACUUUAGUUUGUAACGUUAUAUUUUAUUGUCUGACCUUGCGCCGUUAUGUUCGCGAUAAACGCAUCGUAGUGGUGUUUGUGCUGUCGGUGUCAAAUGAAACCCUGGCGCAUGGCCGAAGGUAGUUUUCCCCGCCUUCUGUAGUGAUCUUCUAUGUCUGCGAGGAUGCGCUCUCAAGAGGGUUGCAAUUGCUUAUGAUUUCUUUGAUGAUCCUUCUCUCGUCUUGUCGCUAAAGCGGCGCGUCAUAAAAUGCUCCCAACUGUCUAUACUGGUGCAGUAGCACAUUGUUUGCAGCCGGUGCAGUUGAGGUGAGAGCGCUUGGCAUCAAAGGAAACGGACACCACGAUAUGUCUCUUAGAAGCGCACCUUCGAUUUCUGCAGACAAACAGAAUAUGCACGGCUGCCUCUGGUGGUCACUGGUAGAAGGCGCAACUCUACCUUCGGCCAUGCGCUCCAGUUUUCGCAUUUAGUUCCAAGUCGAUAUGAGCGUCUGUUGCUUUUUACAUUCUUAGUUGACCUUGUUUGAGGGCAUUCACUAAUCUGUCUUAAUUUAGAGCUUCUUGUGUUCCCUUCUUUACGAGUUUAUCUGAAAUAAAAUAAUCUCAUAUUGU